CCUACUUGCACAAUUAAAUAUCUAACUCAACUAGUUCCACGCUCUCCUGCCAGCUACCGGAACAAUUGCGUUCUGCUUUUCAGUUGCUGUAGUCUUUGGCUGCACAACCUUACGCGAUGGCGCUACUUGCCAACAGCCGCUCGCUACGUGGAGCGAACCCCAGCGCUGUCCGUGCCACGGCGGCACGGGUUGCACGACUGGCCGUGGUUCCGCGGAGGGGUGUGGCCACCGCCGCCCAGAAGCAGCAGUUCGAGUCGUUUGAUGAUAUGCUGGCGCGCUCGGAGCUCCCACUGCUGGUGGACUUCUACGCAACCUGGUGUGGGCCCUGCCAAAUGAUGUCGCCCAUCCUGACGGCAGUGCAGACCAAGAUGAAGGGCAAGUUGCAGGUUGUCAAAAUCGACACGGACAAGUACCCCGGCAUUGCCAGCCAGCACCGCAUCCAGGCCCUGCCCACCAUUGCGCUUUUCAUGAAGGGCAAGAUGGUCUUCCGCUUUGAGGGCGUCCUCAACGAGGGCCAAAUCAUUGAUAAGGUCAACUACUACCUCAGUGGCGCCGCGAUGGGGCAGCAGAAGUAAUAGGCUGCUGUGCUGCGUCUCCACGUCAUAGCGCAUACAGUUCACGGCGCUGCUCCUAGUCAGGCAACAGCACGGCGUCAGCGGCCCGCACUUGUACUAGUGCCGUUGGUGCCGCCAUUCCCGGAUGCGGGACAGAGCCGCUGCUGGAGCUCCGCUGGAGACGUGGGGCAGGGGUGGCGGGCCUUGUGCUCCAUGAACUCGAAGUAGCCCUCCUUGCGCUUAACGCCCGCACCGCCCCCGCGCGCAAGCUUCUCCUCAUAGUCCUGCGUGAUGGGUGCAUGCACAUGACGUGUUAUUGGCAUUCAGCAGCGUACGUGGGGUUAGGAAGUGCGGAGGUGGCCAGUGGGUGGUACGAACACAAAUGCAACUGACAAUGCAUGGGCUUGCAGUUCUGUUGUCAUAUGUGGGCGAUGGUGACGAAGUGGUACAUGGAAGCCAUGGGUUUCCAGGUGUGUGUGACACCAGGAAUGCGAGGGGACACACGGCUAUGCGGUCACCACAUUGCGUGGCUUGAUAGGGCCGCGUUGCACUGGGCAUGUACACGAGCGCAUGUGGCGAAGGUGGUGGAUUGGGUAGUAGUAUCCCAGGUGCAAAGCAUGUAUGCCGAAUUCGGACACAUAGGCAAACCCAACGGCUUGUUUGUGCAAAUAAAGGGCUGUGCUACCAUAGCAUGCGCAUUCGCGCAUGCAGACUCCAUUACCCCAAGCGGGAACAUGCGAGCGGUACGGUAACAUGUUAAUGAAGUGAUCAUUGCAUUAUUCCCACCAAUGGCCGCACCUCGCGGGACUUGAUCACGUAGUGCAUGACAGCUGCCUUCAUGUGUGUGGGCUGGUUCUCGCUGCCGCUGAAGAGUGAAGACACGAUCCAAGGCAGAGCAAUGAGUGGCACUUAGUA